AUGGGUAGUAAAAGAUCGUCAUUGAAUAGAAUCAAUGGUAAGGGUCAGAAUUCUCAACGUGAAGUUAGACCUGAAGUAUUUGGAGACAAUAUAGCACGUAAUCAACUGAUUAAUAACAAAGAAGUGCUUGCUGAUGACAAAGCCCGUGCUUCAAGAAAGAGAGGUCAAAACAAGUUAGAAUUGAAGAAGGACCAGUCCCGGUUAAGAUUAUACGGUAGACGUGCGUCUGAAAAGAAUGCCAAGAAUAAGCAGAAAUAUACAGAUAAAGAGUUGAGUAUUCCAACGUUGAACAGAAGCAUUAUUCCCGGGUUUCAAGUUAAGAAGGGUAAGAAAGGUAAGAAACUAAUUGCCGACGACGAUACUCUGUUGUUGACCAGGUUGGUGAAGAGCAUUGGGGAUGAAUACGAUCACACUGUUGAAAGUAAAUUAGAGAAAGAUAGACGACUACAAGAUAUCAGAGACCUAAAGAGGCAAGAAAUUGAACGUAAAGAAGAAGCCAAGCUGAAUAAACUGGAGGACAAAAAAUCGGAACUGAAAAACAAGGCUAAUGCCGCCAGGUCGCUGCGUAGAAAGAACCAACGUGACGCAAACAAAGUAACAAACAGCAGUGCUUUUGUAGAAGAACAUUCCUCAAAGAAGAAGAAAACUGUUUCAUUUGCAUAG